UUAUUCAAACAUCACAGAUCAUUUCUACCCGCACUGCAUUACUCGCCUACUUAAAGCCCUCAGAUUCUGCUAUUGAUUUAGCGGUCGAAGUUUUGGCGGAGAUCCAGAGAGUCCUUCCGUGAACAGAGUGGAUGAAGGAGGAACAGGGUGGUGUAUCUCAUCCUCCUCGUCCUCAUCCUCACAGUCAUGUGUGUAUUUAAGCGGAGUUGAAUCGUGUUCUCAGGAUGGAAGUGAUGUGAGGCAGAGCUUGAGACCCGCGGAUCGACAGACUGAAGGAACACGUGCUCAGGUUCAUAGAAUAAAAUAAACCCAUCUUCAGAAGUCGCCAUCAUGGAUUCCUCGCUGUUCGACGUCAACAAAACAUCGGCGUCAAGCAACGUGACUCCAGUUUGCUUCUCCAUCAACAGCACGCCUUUCAUACGCAACCACACCAUCACCCCAGCAUACUUCUCGGCGGUCUUCACUGCCGUCGGCUUGAGCUCCAACCUCUUUGCUUUGGUGGUUCUGGCCAAGACCUUCCACCGCACCAAGAGCCGCGUGCGCUCUUCCUUCCUACUCUUCCUCGGAGGGUUGGUGUUUACCGACUUCAUGGGACUGUUGGUCACCGGGUCCAUCGUGGUGUCCUUCCACAUUACACACUUCAACUGGCGCCAGCUGGACCCUCAUUGCCAUUUCUGCAACUUCAUGGGCAUGUCGAUGGUCUUCUACGGCCUUUGCCCGCUGCUUCUUGGAGCUACAAUGGCCGUGGAGCGAUUCGUAGGCAUCAAUCGACCCUUCGCCCGCUCCAAGGCCAUGUCCAACAGCAGAGCGUGUUCAACGGUGGCCAUGGUUUGGGUCAUGGCUGGCUGCAUCAGUCUCCUGCCGUUGGCCGGAUUGGGGAGCUACCGUCUCCAGUUCCCCGGUUCCUGGUGCUUCCUCAGUAUCAGCUCCAAACCGCUGGAAAUGACCUUCGGUUUGAUCUUCUCACUUGUGGGUUUGCUGUCACUGGCCUUGUCGUUCCUGCUCAACACGGUAAGCGUCAUCACCCUAUUGAAGGUGUGUUGUGGACAGGACAGCGCUCAUCGGAGGCGAGACCAUGAAGUUGAGAUGAUGGUGCAGCUGAUUCUGAUCAUGACCAUCGCCUCUGUCUGCUGGUGCCCUCUACUGGUGUUUAUUGCACAGACCGUGCUGUCUGGCAGCGAGCUCAAUAUUCGCCGACUGCUUCUCUGGCUUCGGUUUGCGACAGGGAACCAGGUCCUGGAUCCCUGGGUCUAUAUCCUAUUCCGACGUGCCAUACUGAAGCGCAUGGCUCCCAAGAUGGACUGGUCCCGCAGCUCCAUCGCCAGCUUCUAUCCAAGCAUUUCGACAUCCUUCCGCAAGCUGACACGCGCCUCUCUCGGAGGAACGCUUGACCACUCGGAUCAUGUCCGGACGAAUCCAGACAAAGCCAGAGAAGAGGAAGCAUCUCUUAAUGUGUCUGACUGCACUCCACCACUUGAUUCUAUUUAGCAGCCAAGACUAGCAUUUACUUUCUACUUCGUUAAUAAUUUGAUGUCUAAUAUGGCGCCCAAUGACGGGCGUGACAAACCUUUUUAUCACUUUUGUUGGUGCAUUACUUUUCGAAGAAUUGCUGAUAGCGGGCCAAGAAAGUCUAGUCGGACACUUUUAAGAAGUGUAUAUUUGAGCUCUCAAGACAUGAUGAACUCACAUGAACUUGGAGAGCGAAGUCGUUGAGGGAAACGUAGCGUAGAAACUACAAUAGGAAAGUGGGAGGGGCUCGGUUUUUCCAGUUGGCCAGUGAUUGGAUAAGGAAAAGAGGCGUUUGGUGAUGUUUUGGGGUGGAGCCUUUGCACAAUGGUACUCGCCCACUUUUUCAUCAGUUCCCAGAGUUUUCCGCAUACAUUUACCAUUCAAGUGUAAGUUAAAGAGUUUUAACCAAUCCAUGAACCAAACCAAUCACAAUAUUGCAAACUCGUUGAAAAAUAAGUAAUUUUGAGGGUUGACCCUUUGCAUAAUACUGUCUGCCCACUUUUUCAGCAGCUCCUCAAGUUUUUUCCCAUUAAUUACCAAUCUAAUGCCUUGUCCAAAUACCCACACUUGCGGUCUUGGCCACUUGAGAGCCAACACACACUAAAUCCACACUAUCUUGAAUAAGGCUUAGUGUAUCCCAUCAUGAAUCAUGAUCUGGAAAUAAAUCUUGAGACUUUCUUGCCAAGAUUGCGAAAGUCAUGGAAACUUUUCCAAUGUCAUAAUCUAGUAUACAGUAUUGUUCAAAAUAAUAGCAGUACAAUGUGACUAACCAGAAUAAUCAAGGUUUUUAGUAUAUUUUUUAUUGCUACGUGGCAAACAAGUUACCAGCAGGUUCAGUAGAUUGUCAGAAAACAAACAAGACCCAGCAUUCAUGAUAUGCACGCUCUUAAGGCUGUGCAAUUGGGCAAUUAGUUGAAAGGGGUGUGUUCAAAAAAAUAGCAGUGUCUACCUUUGACUGUACAAACUCAAAACUAUUUUGUACAAACAUUUUUUUUUUCUGGGAUUUAGCAAUCCUGUGAAUCACUAAACUAAUAUUUAGUUGUAUGACCACAGUUUUUUAAAACUGCUUGACAUCUGUGUGGCAUGGAGUCAACCAACUUGUGGCACCUCUCAGCUGUUAUUCCACUCCAUGAUUCUUUAACAACAUUCCACAAUUCAUUCACAUUUCUUGGUUUUGCUUCAGAAACAGCAUUUUUGAUAUCACCCCACAAGUUCUCAAUUGGAUUAAGGUCUGGAGAUUGGGCUGGCCACUCCAUAACAUUAAUUUUGUUGGUUUGGAACCAAGACUUUGCCCGUUUACUAGUGUGUUUUGGGUCAUUGUCUUGUUGAAACAACCAUUUCAAGGGCAUGUCCUCUUCAGCAUAGGGCAACAUGACUUCUUCAAGUAUUUUAACAUAUGCAAACUGAUCCAUGAUCCCUGGUAUGCGAUAAAUAGGCCCAACACCAUAGUAGGAGAAACAUGCCCAUAUCAUGAUGCUUGCACCUCCAUGCUUCACUGUCUUCACUGUGUACUGUGGCUUGAAUUCAGAGUUUGGGGGUCGUCUCACAAACUGCCUGUGGCCCUUGGACCCAAAAAGAACAAUUUUACUCUCAUCAGUCCACAAAAUGUUCCUCCAUUUCUCUUUAGGCCAGUUGAUGUGUUCUUUGGCAAAUUGUAAGCUCUUCUGCACAUGCCUUUUUUUUAACAGAGGGACUUUGCGGGGGAUUCUUGAAAAUAGAUUAGCUUCACACAGACGUCUUCUAACUGUCACAGUACUUACAGGUAACUCCAGACUGUCUUUGAUCAUCCUGGAGGUGAUCAUUGGCUGAGCCUUUGCCAUUCUGGUUAUUCUUCUAUCCAUUUUGAUGGUUGUCUUCCGUUUUCUUCCACGUCUCUCUGGUUUUGCUCUCCAUUUUAAGGCAUUGGAGAUCAUUUUAGCUGAACAGCCUAUCAUUUUUUGCACCUCUUUAUAGGUUUUCCCCUAUCUAAUCAACUUUUUAAUCAAAGUACGCUGUUCUUCUGAACAAUGUCUUGAACGACCCAUUUUCCUCAGCUUUCAAAUGCAUGUUCAACAAGUGUUGGCUUCAUCCUUAAAUAGGGGCCACCUGAUUCACACCUGUUUCUUCACAAAAUUGAUGACCUCAGUGAUUGAAUGCCACACUGCUAUUUUUUUGAACACACCCCUUUCAACUAAUUCAACUAAUUGCCAAAUUGCACAGCCUUAAGAGCGUGCAUAUCAUGAAUGCUGGGUCUCAUUUGUUUUCUGACAAUCUACUGAACCUACUGGUAACUUGUUUGCCACGUAGCAAUAAAAAAAUAUACGAAAAACCUUGAUUAUUCUGGUUAGUCACAUUGUACUGCUAUUAUUUUGAACAAUACUGUAGGUACUACUAAACAGAUAUUUAAAAGUUUAAACGUGUUUUUUAUAACACUAUAAGUGUGUCCCAUCAGUUAUUUUAAAGAAGUAGUCAAGUGAUGAAGUGCAAAGACCGCAAAUGUGGGUAUCUGGAAAAGUCUUCAUUAAAGAGAAACCCCAACCAUGAACCAAACAGCCAACAACAAGGAAAUCAUGUCUUUUUUUUAGGUGGAGCCUUUGCACAAUAGCUCCCGCCCACUUUCAGCGGUUCCUGGAGUGUUUUCCCCAGAGGGAUUUUUAAAAGAGUUAAGAGCAAUGAACCAAACCUAGGAUGUAAAUCACAAAAUUAACUCUCAUUCAAAGGGAAAAUAUAUUUAAAAAUCAGAUAAAAAGACAAGACUGUAUACUCAAUGGCUACAGUGAAAACAUACAGUAGAAAACUGCAAACUGUGCUUAAUGUGGGGUGACUGAGCAGUUUUGGCUCGCUUCUUAAACAAACAUCCUCCUUUUCCUUUCUGAUAAGACUUUGAGGACCACACACUUGGAUAAAAUGGCAGACAACUUUCACCACAAAAGCGAUUCUUCUUUAUUUCUGAAACAUUUUUGUCUUCUAAGGAAUUAAAUCAGUAUUAUUACCAGCACAAAUUCGGCUAUUAUUGUGUGAGGAGACACAAAGUUAGCAUCAAAUGCAGUCAGAGUUUUGAUCUCAUCUCUGUUUUGAUAUCACUUGUAAACCUGAGCAUUGCUGCAUAAAAAUCAUUAUUCAACCCUCUUGUGUUUAGAUUGCUUUAGCCAAUUAUUAUGCUGAGAGUUUUAUCAGCUAGUUUAAACUAAAGACAGUUUCUUGCAUGUAAACAACAUUGAUUUAUGGUAAUUUUAUAUUUAUAGAACAUUUUUGACCAACAGUUCCAUGUUUCAACUUUGAUUAAAUGUCUGAAAAGAACGUCUGGGGUCUUCAACCUCUCAGUAGUUCACACGUUGGAUAAAAACAAGGGGGUUUUGGUUGCAGACCGUAAUCAUGAUGAUAAACUUCUGUAUUUAAGUGUGCACUUGGCUAACAGGAAACAACUAUGGAUAAGUAAUGUCAACUAAAUUCAUGAAAGCAUUCCCAGUCUGCAAUUAUUUCACGGCUAUGACUGUUAAUGCUUAAUUAGCAUUAGCAUAACUAGCUGCAAAUUAACCAUGUUAUGCACACACACAGAUAUAUUUAAGUAGUUCGAGACUAAAGAGCGUGGCCAUUCACAGAUUUGGAGUGCUCUUUGGGUGUUAUAUACUUGUCGCCAUUUUCUGAUUGGUGUAAUUUUUGUGCAGAAUUUAAUUUCACUUUGUCUAAAGGAAAUUUGUGAGCCAUUUGUUGCUCUCUUUGUAAUGUGAAUGUACAAAAAGUCAAUUUGUGGUAUGUUUUUAAUCUUUGCAUAUAUUCAAAUGUCACAUCAAGUCAUCUAAAACAGUUGUAAAACAGGAUAUACAAUACGCAUUUAGUAGAUUUUUAAGUUAAACACACAUUAGAUGUGCACAGAAUUGAUUAAAUAUUAUUCAUAUAUACACAAGCUAAUCGUGUCACAAGAUCUGUCAUUAAUCAUAAAAGAUCAUUCAUUUCACCAGUAACACAAUGUAUUUAUACAUAACACAACAGACAUCAAAUCAAGCAAAGGCUAGUCUAAGCUAAGCUAACAUAUACUACUUCUAAAUGUCAAAGUUAUCAUGUACAACACUUUAAAAGAUUGGUAUAUAUCCUAGUUCGCUAUAAACAUUGGUGGGAAAUACUGUCUGACCUACUUAAUCAUACAGCUUUACACACUUGAUGUUUGCGUUAGCAUGCUGAUUAGCCGCUAAUACCUUGACGUUCUCCUUCCUCAGGAUAAAGGUGGGAAUUGGGAGGAUUGAGUAUAUGAAAACAGAUGACAGACGUCAAGCUUGAAUGUCUCUUAGAUGUCUGAUGUACUCUGAAAAACACAAGACAGGAAAAGCAUGUGCUCGUGUGAGAUAGCGUUAGCGUGUAGCAUCUGACGUUAAGCUUCUAAUGGUCAGAAAGAAACACCUGCUAAUGUUUUUCUGUAAGUGUGUGUGUUUGAGAGCUACCGUAAAUAAACUAUUCCUGAGAUUA